AUGAAUAUCCAUAUGAAGAGGAAAACAAUAAAGAAUAUCAACACCUUCGAGAACAGAAUGUUAAUGCUUGAUGGGAUGCCGGCAGUCAGAGUCAAAACAGAGCUUUUGGAAUCUGAGCAAGGGUCUCCAAACGUCCACAAGUACCCCGAUAUGGAGGCUGUUCCCCUGUUGCUAAAUAAUGUGAAAGGGGAACCCCCGGAGGACUCAUUAUCCGUAGAUCACUUCCAGACACAAACUGAGCCAGUGGACUUGUCCAUCAACAAAGCCAGGACAUCCCCUACAGCCGUUUCAUCCUCCCCAGUUUCCAUGACAGCGUCCGCCUCCUCACCUUCUUCAACUUCAACCUCCUCAUCGUCCUCUAGCCGUCCAGCCUCAUCCCCGACUGUUAUAACAUCAGUAUCUUCAGCAUCAUCUUCGUCGACAGUAUUAACUCCAGGGCCCCUCGUUGCCUCUGCCUCUGGUGUGGGAGGCCAGCAGUUUUUGCACAUUAUCCAUCCUGUUCCGCCUUCAAGUCCCAUGAAUUUACAGUCUAACAAACUGAGUCACGUUCACCGCAUCCCCGUGGUGGUCCAGUCGGUGCCUGUUGUCUACACAGCUGUGCGGUCACCUGGCAAUGUGAACAACACUAUCGUAGUACCACUUUUGGAGGAUGGGAGAAGCCAUGGCAAAGCACAAAUGGACCCCCGAGGCCUAUCUCCCAGACAAAGUAAAAGUGACAGUGAUGAUGAUGACCUGCCAAAUGUGACCUUAGAUAGCGUUAAUGAAACUGGAUCUACGGCCCUUUCCAUAGCCAGAGCAGUACAAGAGGUACAUCCGUCCCCAGUAUCAAGGGUCCGGGGAAAUCGAAUGAAUAAUCAGAAGUUUGCUUGUUCAAUCUCACCAUUUAGUAUUGAGAGCACAAGACGCCAGAGAAGGUCUGAAUCCCCAGACUCGAGAAAACGGCGUAUCCACAGAUGCGAUUUCGAGGGCUGCAACAAAGUGUAUACAAAAAGUUCUCACCUGAAGGCUCAUCGAAGGACACAUACAGGAGAGAAGCCCUACAAGUGUACCUGGGAAGGCUGCACCUGGAAGUUCGCUCGUUCGGAUGAACUGACGAGGCAUUACCGCAAACACACGGGAGUCAAGCCAUUCAAAUGCGCAGACUGUGACCGCAGCUUCUCCCGGUCAGAUCACUUGGCACUGCACCGCCGGAGGCAUAUGCUGGUGUGA